AUGGCUCCACUUUCUAUCAACGAGGGGACCACAACCGCCCUUGAGCACGAGCUCACCACUGUGCAGCAACAUCGCAGUGGUAGUUCCAGCGACGAAGAAGGUCAACCUCCGCCACGUUACACCCCUGAAAGCGAUCCAUUCCAGCUUGCCUCGAAGCUAAAGACCGAGGAUGAGAUCCGACAGAUAAAAGCCAACACAUCGCGGAAACGGGACUCCACUGCAAAUAAAAGCCGGAAAGUGGGUUCCAUCGUGAAACACACUGCGCGUCUUGGACAGCAGGCUUUCAUCACCAAGAAGCUGCAGGGAUUCUACGAGUCCCAAAAUGAAAACAUCGAGCGCAUGCUGAAGCCUGUCGAGGAGCACCGACGUGCUGCCCGCGAAUUGAGCGUCGACAAUCGUCUUAAGUACCGGAUCGCAGUUUACGGUAGUUUUGCCGCGAACCUACUUCUCUCGGCUAUCCAGAUUUACGGUGCCGUGUCAUCCGGGUCGCUCUCUCUUUUCACCACAAUGGCUGACGCUGUCUUCGACCCCAUGUCCAAUCUGACCCUCCUGCUAUGCAAUAAGGCAGUCAACCGCGUUGAUCCACGCAAGUUCCCGGCUGGAAAGGCCCGAAUUGAAACCGCUGGCAAUAUUUGCUUCUGCUUCCUCAUGACCGCCGUCUCUUUCAUCAUUAUCGCCUUCUCUAUUCGCGAACUGGUGUCGGGAUCCCAGGAAGAAACCGACUCUUUCCACUUACCUUCCAUCCUUGCCGUCGCCGUCGCCUUCGCCACUAAAUUCGCCCUCUUCUUGUACUGCUGGGCCCUGCGCAACCAGGUCUCGCAGAUCCGCAUUCUGUGGGAGGAUCACCGUAACGAUCUGUUCAUCAACGGGUUCGGUAUCCUGACCUCCGUCGGCGGCAGUAAGCUGCGUUGGUGGAUCGAUCCUAUGGGUGCUAUCAUUCUGUCCGUGCUGGUCAGUGCGCUGUGGCUACACUCUGCCUAUGGCGAGUUCCAAUUACUCGUCGGCGUUACUGCCGAUACCAAGAUGCAGCAGCUCAUCACUUAUAUCUCCAUGACCCACUCCCCCGCCAUCACUGCCAUCGAUACCGUCCGUGCAUACACCUCUGGCCCUCGCCUGCUCGUCGAGGUGGAUGUGGUCAUGGACGCAGAGGCAUCCCUGCGUGCCACUCAUGAUGUCGCCGAAGAGCUCCAGAUCAAGCUUGAGUCACUCCCCGAUGUUGAGCGUGCCUUUGUACAUGUUGACUACGAGACCACCCACAAGCCUGAACAUUCUCUGAAAAAGGAGCUCUAG